GCUUCUUGCGUUUUUGCAUAUUUGAUCGGUGGGGGGCGUGAACAAUUACAACGAUGUUUGUGUUUUUAAUCUGUUGCAUCACAGUCCAUAUAAUUAUUUCAAAUUGUAAGGAUUGAUCCAUAAAAAAAAACAUUUUUCCCCAUUUCUGUUUGAAAACUCUAGCCAUCAUUGGAGGAAAACAUUCACUAUAGUGUAGUACAGUUUGUAGUGCGCGAAACAACUUUUUUCAACACAAAAGAUGGCUGAGGGUUGACGGUUGACACAUGGCUCACUCUGAAAUUCUGAAAUUCGAUAAUCUUCAUUACGGAAAUAUGAGAUGACGUUCCAUUUUGUUCCCUAAUUAAAACAAUAUAUAUAUAUUUACUCGUUGAGUGGAGUUAAAAAAAGGCGUCAAAAUGAUGCAACAAUACAUGAAAGAAUUGGAGCAGGAGCCUUUUGAUCCUGAGGAAUUUGUGGAAAGAUUAGCUUGGCGUACAGUAAACGACAGUAGCAAAGAGGGUUCGAAAGGUUCUUUUGAUCCUGUUCUUGUCCACGAGACUUUUCUUCAUGCCAUCAAAGAUCUUCAAGUAUUGCAGGAUCGUCAGCGAAAAAAAUGUGAAAAACUUGAAUUAGCUGUCAAGGAUGAAGAGACCAGGCACACUUUUGAAGUAAUUGAGCUCCAGGAUAGAAAUAGACACGCCAUUGACUUGUUUCAUCAGCUCGACGAAAGAAUCAAUUCUGUUGCAACCAAAGUUCUUCAUUUGGGUGAUCAGUUGGAAAGUGUCAAUACCCCGAGAGCAAGAGCGGUCGAGGCUCAAAAACUCAUGAGACAUUUUGCAGAAUUUCUCAGUCCUGGGCCAUUGACUGAUCCUAUAUUCACUGACAAAUCAACGUUGGAUGUAGCAGCGGAUGUGAUACAGAAGUUGCAUAUAAUAUCGCAGGAGUUGCCCUCAGAAAAAUUUGAUCAUGCAAAAGCAAAGAUUGCUGGAAAGUACGACGAGAUUGAGAGAAGUUUGAUUGAAGAAUUCGUAAGGGCUCACAAUGCGGAGGAUGCUGAUCGAAUGAAAGAAUUAGCUUCUGUUCUGUCCCAUUUUAAGGGAUACUCUCAGUGCAUAGAUGCGUUUAUCGAGCAGAGUCAGAUGGGUUCGUUCGGUGGUAAAGACGUUUUUCAAGACGUGAUACCGAUGUGCACGAAGAAUUACACUCUGAUGGAGCGCGUUUUCGGAAACCCGGAUCAAGUCAUGGCUAAAUUCGUUCUAAAUAUUUAUCAUUUGCGUUUGCAAAAAUAUGCCGUAGCAAAAUUGACUGACAAAACGGAUGCUGACAAAUAUCUAAGCAAUUUGUUCGAUCUUUAUUCAAAAACAAGUAAAUUAUCAUUGGAUUUGAAACGUUUCAAAAUGGGUACGGACGAUGCUUAUUUAACGAAACUCACGCAAAACAUGUUUCAAAAACAUCUCGAUACUUACAUAACAGUUGAGCUCGACGCGUUGAGAAAAAAGUGUCGAAACCUGUUGAUGGAAUACUAUGAAUCGAAGAAUCAUCAGAAAAAGCAAUUGCAAACCGGUGGAUUUCAAGAGUUGAGAAGAGAUUUACAGGCUGUUAUUGGUACAAGAACGAACAUAAACAUAGCACAGAUUGAGGAUUACGGUGGGGAGACUUUUCUCUCUGAAGAACUUGCAAUUGCGCUGCUUCAACGAAGCAAAUUGGCCUUUGAACGUUGUCGCACCUUAUCUCAACCUGCCGAUGUAUGUGGCAAUGCCGUACAAAUUCUUGAAGUACUUUUGCAAUUUUUGAUGAACGAACAUGUCGACUACGCCCUCGAGCUGGGACUUCAAAGUGUGCCGAUACCAGAGACACGUAUACAACCGGAAAUACAUUUUUUCAAUGUUGUACGACAAUGUAACGUUAUAGUCAAAUUACUUGAAGAGCAAUUUAACGAGAGUCUCGUUCCUCUUGUUGUCUCAACUCCGAAACAUUCUGACUGCAUGUCAAUGGAAAAAGUAGUUUUGGAUCAGACCGAAAUGAAAUUGGAUAUUGGAUUGGACAGAAGCAUCAACGCCAUUGUUGGUUGGGUCAAAAUGUAUUUGCAGAGCGAACAACGAAAAACCGAUUUUAAGCCGGAAACCGACGUCGAUACUUUAAGCACACCAGCUUGUCUCGUAGUAGUUCAAUACGUAACUCUCAUGAUCAGAAAUAUAAGGGACAGCCUUGACGGCAAAAAUGUUGAAAACGUUUUAUCCGAACUAGGUAUACGUUUUCAUCGUGUUAUUUAUGAGCAUCUUCAACAAUACCAAUUCAAUUCGGCCGGCGCCAUGUGCGCUAUAUGCGAUAUGAACGAGUAUCGAAAAUGCGUAAAGGAACUUGGAGUUCCUAUAGUCAUUUCGCUCUUCGAUACCCUUCAUGCCCUGUGCAAUUUGCUUCUCGUUAAACCGGCUAAUUUGAAACAAGUUUGUACGGGUGAUCAGUUGGCCAUGCUAGAUCGAUCAACUCUCGUAAGCUUCAUACAAUUACGAACGGAUUACAAAACUCAAAAAUUGGCCAACUCUCUGAAGGAUCUCGCUCCAGUGUGAAUAUAAGUUACAUUUAUGGAGUUUAUAAAUCGAUCGGAUUGAACAAUUCGUGUAUAAAUGAAGGAAGAAUGGAUUGAAAAAAAUAUAUAUAUGAGGAACUAGAAAUUAUUUUUAUGAAAAAAAGUAAACGCAUACGGAUAGCAAACGUAUUAACUUUAUUAUCUUUACAUGUAUAUAACUGUAUGUGAUCGUGUGACGAUAAAAAGAGCGAAAAUUUUUCGCAGGUAUACAGUUCUGCACAAACGCAAAA